AUGACUGACGCGCAAAAUUCCACUCAUCUUCCAUGCUACUGGAAAACUGCAUGUCACGUUACAUGUAAGCAGGUUGCAUGGAACUCCGCUAUUUUCCGAAAACGUGGUCAAAAAAAGAUCCUCGGUGAAUAUUGCGAGAAGACUCUCGAGUACGCAAAAAAGUCAUUUUCGAAGCGUGGGCUUCGUCAAGAUUUCUGCAAAUAUCUUCUGGAUUUUCUUGAAAAUGCGAAAAUGUUGCAAUCUUUCGCAGUGGGACUUCAAAAUGAAAAAGAAGAUUCAGGAGAAAAAUAUUUUGCGAGUGAUGGUAGCGUUAACUCGCUCUUGGCACAUCCAUACUGCACUGCGAGAAAUGUUCUCCAACUCGAUAAUCAGGAGUUGUGCUCGACACAACUGAAGCUCGACGUUAGUGCAGAUCGGCGGAAGAAGCCAAUUCCUGUCUGA